AUGAGCCACAUGUAUGAGGGGUCCGCUCCUGGAGACGUAGGCGGUAUCUACGAGGUGGCUCAAGUCCUGGGGAGUUCAGCGCUGGUGGAGUCGAGUACGGCACAAACGCGCGCGCCGAUAGGCAUACAGCUGUGGCCUCAGUCUCAUAAGCGGCUCAUUAGACGUUCGAGCCGACAAGGCACUUUACCAGCAGGCUGUGCAACAUCAAGAGCUAUGGCGCAAAGCAUCCCCAAUGUCUUCAGCUUAGAAGAUUCACGGUAUAUUGUCAUCAAAGACGACCUUGAGGCAUAUCUAAAAGAAGUCUACGCUGGCACUAUCGACGAGUCCUAUGAUUUCUACAAUCGAAAUGACCGGUGGUGCUUCGACGGGCCCGAGGAAUUGAGUCAGGCAAGUUCCAAAGGCAGUCAGCAGGAUGAUGGUUUUGAACUGACCAAUGUUGGGGCGCACAGAAACAACUGA